CCUGGGACCGCGCGUGCCACCCCUUUCACUCCAGUGUGGUGGUGUCCCAGCUCCUGGUACUUCCGCGUAGUGCUUGACGCCAUUGCAUUGCGCGUUUCCUAGCUCUCCAACUGCUCCUGCUGACGCACCUCCCACAUCCUCGGUUCCUAAAGCCACUGCCACAGCAACAUCAUCUCCCUCAAAAGAAGCCGGCAAUAACCAAACCAUCCGCGACUCGUACACGGUUUCCGGCCCUUCACGGUUCCGACAUUCGAUUCCCCUUCCUCCGACCCCCGGGCUCCCUAGCAACAGCGAGUGUCGAGCUCAGAACAGAACCAAACACUUCAGCGACGACCAUGGACUUCGCUCCCUACCAAUCCUCCCCCCCAGAACGCGAACGAGCUCUCUCCCCUCCCCUCGCAUCGCCGCGCGCCUCUGCCGACUUCCGAAGACCCUUCUCGCCGUACGGCCAGCCGUCACCGCCGCCGCUGCAGCAUCCCCAACCUCAGCGCGGAUGGCAGCCGAGCCUACCUGGGUCCUACCCCGCGGCGGACGCGCAUCGGGAGGGCGUGAGCGAAUUCGACACGAGCCUAGGCAUCAGGCUAGACUACGAGGCUGCGCUGGCGUACCUGGCCCUUCCGCCGCUGGGAGCGAUACUGUUGCUGAUUGGGGAGCGGAACAGUGAUUAUGUGAGGUUUCACGCAUGGCAAUCCGCACUGCUCUUUACGGCGGUCAUGAUAUUUCACCUGUUGUUCCUUUCAUGGUCCAAGUUCCUCAGCUGGCUCUUCUUCAUCGGCGACUUGCUCGCUAUGGUCUGGUUGGCGUUAAGGGGGUACCAGGACGCAGACACACUCGAUAGAUUCGAGGUUCCCAUCCUUGGCUCGGUAGCUAGCCGCAUCCUUGACGACGAAUGACACAAGGCAGGAAACUCAGAAGACAUGAUGUAAGAUGACGAAGGGUGCGGCUUAAUGACUGUUGUUGCGCAUAUCAUAUACCCUUUUAAUCGGUCAGAGAGGCGGGGCAGAGGCACCUCUUGCUGUCCUGGUUCUUGGCUUUGUGUCCUAAUAGAUUUGUCACUUGCCCCUUGGAAAUGAAGGAUUAAGAAUCAUGAAUCUCACGCGAACAAGUACUGUAAAGAUUACUGUCUGGGAAGCGCAGGGAACAUGCUCUCAAUGUCGUGU